AUGGCCAACCAUGCCUUCCCUCUCCACAGGACAGUCAUCAAGCACCUUGCUCUCGAGAUCCUCAAGGAGAGUGGACGCACCACCAUCGUCAACUUAGAGCAGGGUCUAAGUGACAACUGGUGGUCGAGAUUCAGGGCUCGCCACCCUGAACUGUCCAGCAGGAUCCCGGACACCUUGGAGCGGGCCAGGUACAUGGGGCAACUCCUGUGGCAAUCAAGGGUGUCUUCGACAUCUACAAGCCUAUCUUCAAGAAGUACGGGUUCGGGGACAAGUCCAGGGAGCGGGUGCUGGUGCAAAAGGGCAGAAAGCAUGUUUAUCAGCAGCAGAACACCACCAAGGAUAACAUCACCGUGCAUGCUUGCAUGAGUGCAGCGGGUGAGAGCAUCCCGCCGUUUAUCAUCUUACCCCACUGCCUCCCCAGUACUGCCUACUCCCUGGAGGGACCCAAGGAUCUUCUUUAUGGAGUCUCCCCCAAGGGCUAUAUGGACAGGGAGCUCUUCAUGAAGUGGCUGGCCUUCUUUGUGAAGCAUGCCCUUGCUGAGAGGCCCCUUCUCCUCAUAAUGGAUCAGCAUGAGACGCAUGCAUCCAGGGAGUUGGUCAGGUUCUGCCGAGAGAACAUGGUGGAGGUGGUGUUACUGCCAGCACACUGGACAUCAGUGUCUUCGGCCCCCUGAAGUCGGUCUUCACCACCAACGCGGCACGCCUGGGCCUGGUGUGGGUGCAUGUUGUCAUCGGCAAGAAACACUUCUCUGCCAUGCUGCACCAGGCCUACCCCAAGGCGGUGAGCAGUGAAAACAUCAAGGGUGGGUUCAGGAAGGCCCCCACCACUGCCCCCACAUCAGUGACCCCGGCAGCUCCUACAGCAGCCCCCACCGCAGUGAACACUGCGACCCCCACCGCAGUCCCCAUAGAAGAGACCACCGCAAUUCCAGUAGCAGCAACCCCAUCCCCUGUGUGCUGUCCCACCUGCUAGCAGGUCACUCCAACCAACCCGCUGGUGGCUGCAGGCAUUGUCUCAGUGAAGCUGGCAAAUGCCUAUAUGCCCAUCAUCUUGGCAAACAAGUUUGGUCAGCAGCAGCAGCCUACCGUGAGGCGCAGACUUCCCCUGCCAGCUCAGGUCAUCACCGCUGAUGACUUCAAUGAAAUGCUCAUCCAGCAGGACAAGGAGGAGGCUAAGCAGAGGAGGCAGGAGGAACUGCGCAGGAAGAGGGAGGAUCUGCAGAGGAAGAAGGAGGAGUUGCAAAGGAAGAGAGAGGAGAACAGGAAACGCUAG